AUGGACCCUCCGCCUGCUCCUCAGGCCUCGCCCGGCGCUGCGACCCCCGCUCAGCCAACCAAGCCUAGAAGCGAGAGCUUCUCUCAGAAGUCGGACACCUCGCAAACUGCCGCCGAUUUCAUUCGCGAUCAGAUGCAGCUCGAGGCCGAUGCACGCGAAGCUCUCCCUUAUAGUAUCGAGGAUUGCACCAAACCACUUGGUCCCCUUCGCCAGAGUGUCUUCGCCUGUCUCACCUGCAACCCCCGUCCGGCGAAUGCAAGCGAGCCGUACGAAUCCCCCGCCGGUAUCUGCUAUUCGUGCUCUGUGCAGUGUCAUGGUGAACACACACUUGUCGAGAUAUUCACCAAGAGGAACUUUACAUGCGACUGCGGUACGACUCGAUAUCCGGAGACCAGCCCCUGCACUCUCCGCCUUAACCCAGCUACGAACACCAAGGGUGGCGUCCACUCCGAGGAGGCCGCUGCUGGCAACAAGUAUAAUCAGAACUUUCGCAACCAAUUCUGCGGAUGCGAAUGCGAUUAUGACCCUUUCCAGCAGAAAGGUACUAUGUUUCAAUGCUUAGGUCUUGGCACACAUGAGACGGGCGGUUGUGGUGAGGACUGGUGGCAUCCAGGUUGCAUUGUUGGGUUGGGGCCGAAAUGGUUCGAGAAGACCCCAGCCACUGGUGCCAUCAAGACGGAUCAAAGCAAGCCCAUUGAGAACGCCUCUCUCGCUGCCAUUUUGGAGGAUGCAGCUGCGCCGGCCCAGGACGACGGUGGAAAUCAGGAAGGCCCUGAGGAUGAUGAUCCCCCUCCGCCUCCCGGCUUCCCUGGGGAUGAUGAGUUUGAAGGGUUUAUGUGCUACAAGUGCGUGGAUGCCUUCCCUUGGAUCAAGCGAUAUGCUGGCACAGCGGGUUUCCUCCCCCCUGUCUUUCUUCGGGAUGGAGACUCGACUGAGCAGCCUGCCGCCCCUGUUUCGCAAGCAGAGGAGCUCUCAAAAAAGCGCAAAGCAGAAGAAGGGCGCACAGACUCCCAGGACGUGAAACGGCAAAAGAGCGACGAGGAUCUAUCUGAGCCCAGUGUCCAAGCUUCCGGCGAGGUUAAGGUUGAGCAGUCGGGCCCGGAAACGGAAACGGAAACGGCCCCUACCUGCAAACUAGCGGCUCUCCCACCCGCACCAGAAGGAAGGUUCUCCCUCUUCUUCAGGGAAGGGUUCCGCGACAACAUUUGCCGCUGCUCGUCCUGCUUCCCCCUCCUCCUUCCUCAUCCGCAGCUUCUCGAGGAGGAGGAGACAUACGAACCACCCGUCUCGGAGGAGGGAUCCGAGAACGGGGGUUCUACACACGGCAGUGGCAGUUUGCUAGACCGUGGCGAGAGUGCCUUGCGCAACGUUGAUCGAGUGCGAGCCAUCGAGGGCGUCAUGGCCUAUAAUCAUCUCAAGGACAAGCUGAAGCCCUUCUUCCAGCAAUUUGCCGAAAGCGGGCAAGCCAUCAGCGCCGAGGACAUCAAAACAUACUUUGCCAAGCUCAGAGGUGACGAGCAGGCUAUUCAGGACGCCGGAGAGGGGGCGAAGUCGGACUCCCGCCAGGAACAGAGUGGAUAUUAA